GAUUGCAGAGAAUCAGCUGGCGGAGCGCCGUACUGAGCCCCACGAACCAGCAGUACCAUCUCGUACUAUAGUAAUAUGGCAUCAAGAAGAAUGGAGACCAAACCAGUGAUAACGUGUUUAAAGACACUCCUUAUCAUCUAUUCCUUCAUUUUCUGGAUCACAGGAGUUAUUCUGUUAGCUGUUGGUGCAUGGGGGAAGUUCACACUGGGUAACUACAUUUCUCUGAUUGCGGAAAACUCAACAAAUGCUCCCUAUGUUCUGAUUGGUACUGGAUCCUCUAUUAUUGUCUUUGGUCUGUUUGGAUGCUUUGCUACAUGCCGUGGCAGUCCAUGGAUGCUGAAACUGUAUGCAAUGUUCCUUUCUCUUGUCUUUUUGGCGGAGCUGGUAGCUGGUAUUUCUGGCUUUGUGUUCCGACAUGAGAUCAAAGAUACUUUCCUUCGGACUUACACUGAAGCUGUCUUAGAGUAUAAUGGGAAUGAUGAAAGAGGUCGAGCUGUGGAUAGUGUGCAACGUCAUUUGAAUUGCUGUGGUGUACAGAGCUAUUACAACUGGAGUGCCAGUGCCUACUGGGCUGAACAUGGUAUCCCAGCUAGCUGCUGCAAAAAUGACAAUGAUUGUAGUGAACAGGACUUGCGCAACAUGACCAUUGCAGCCAGUAAAGUACAUCAGAAGGGUUGUUAUGAGUUGGUUACCAGCUUUAUGGAGAGAAACAUGGGAAUUAUUGCUGGAGUUGCUUUUGGGAUUGCGUUUUCACAGUUGAUUGGAAUGUUGCUGGCCUGUUGUCUGUCCCGUUUCAUCACUGCCAAUCAAUAUGAGAUGGUGUAACUAGGAAACUGAUGUUUACAGAUCAUUUCAAAUUCAGGAACCAUAAGGAACCAGGAAGACUUUCUACAAAUGUUAGCACACACACACUAUUCUUGUUCUUUGUGUCCUGUACCAUUUGUUGGUUAUCAUUCCUUGACCUACUGUUGUGCCAUGUAGGUUUGCUUUGUGCACUCCGUCCUUGAUGCUUUAGAGUCCAAGCCAAUGGCUGUCAGUGUGUGUGUGUGUUUAGUCUUUAAUCUCACUGUACCCCCAGUGUACCUACAUUGCUGCAGGUACAGUUAGCAGCAUUAACAAUUGUGGUGCAUGUAGUAACUGGAAGGCUUGGUUGCCAUUCUCAGUUGGUAAAUGUUGCACAUGUUUCAGUAUAAACAAAAUGUAAUUAUUGUUAGUAUAAUAGAACAUGUUUUUAAUCUUUCAACUUUUCCACUGAUCCUAACCUUUUCUGACCCCCAAAAAACAUAAAAAAGCUUUUUAAAAAUUAAAGAUGUGAAGAUACUUGAAAAUAAUUUUAAAAGAAAGGGAAAUGCCUGCAGGGACAUUGUAUCUUUAUAUAUAUAUGGACUUAAGCCUUUAUUCUUAUUUAAUGUUAAUUACUUGGUUCUUCUAAUACUAAAUGUUGUGCAUUUCUCAUCUAAGCCAGUGUAGUCUGUACCAUCACUUAGCUAUGGAUGUAUUAAAGCUGCUUUAGUGAACUGAUUGUAAACUGAAUUGACUUAAUAUGUUCUCGUGUUUAGUCUGUAAGCGGAUUUGUAAUUUUUGUCAGUUUUUUGCCUUGUACUAAAAUGUUUCAGCCAGCAUUUAGUGUUCAGUUAUUCUAAAAGAAUCAAUGUUAAAAAGCCUAGUGGAUAUUUUAGUACAAUCCAGAUGAGAAAAAAAAAAACUUUGUAAAAAAUUGACAUUGAAACAGACUUUUUAAAGAGAUACCACCAGCUUGCAUGCUGAUGAGAAUGCAUUGAUAUUGUGAGCAUUUGUGAUACCUGUAAAAUUAAAUAAAAUGUGUUUUUGUUGUC